AUGCACUGCCGCUGGCUGGUGGCGUUGGCGCUGGCCGUGCCUGCGCACGCGCUGUUUGGCUUUGGCUCGCGGCGCGCGACGGAUGGAUUCGUGGGUGCAGGUGCGCUCGGUCUUGAAGGGAUUGAUGGCACCGUCGCCGCAUGGGGCUACAUGAACGACGAUCGCUUUGUGGAUGCGCUGGUCGUCCACCGCGACCGCAGCCGCGUGCAGGUACACGAGUGGGUUGCGGCGUCGUUUGCAUUCAACAGCACGCCGUCUGUUUCGCUCACCGUGCCGCGUGGCUUGCAAGUUGUGAAUGUGGUGCCUGGCGACUUCAUGUACAACGGGCGCGCCGAUUUGCUCGUCAUGGCCGAGGCAGCCGAUACCCCAGGCGCGCUCAAGCUGCUGCUUUGGCCAUCGCGCAUGGACGGGAGCUUUGACGAGGCCAUAGAGCUCCCCUCCUCCAUGCACGCACAGCCCCUCGUCGCGGAUACGACGGGCGACAUGCACUUGGACCUUGUCGGCCACGCGCUUGGCGUCGAAGGGCUUUCGAUUUGGGAAAACCAAGUGUCGGACAAUACAUCCGCCGCGUUCGCCCUUACAACGCCCGUUUUGGAGCACAGUGUGAAUCCGUUGCCCGGGUGCGAGCUGGCGGACCCCCACAGUUCCGCGUUUGUAGACAUGAACGGCGACUGCCUCGCCGACCUGUUUCUCGUGUGCAAAGACAAACUUUCCGGCCAGCUGGCGUACCAGAUAUGGACCGCGGACAAAGAGAAGCCCAAGACAUACAGCUUUGCGCGCGGCGGCUUCCUUCCCAAAGGCACGGGCGCGCUCUCUUUUGCCGAUAUGAACCGCGACGGGACGAUGGAUGUAGUCUUUCCAACGUGCCAAGGCGGCAAGUGCCAAAUCAAUAUUGCCUACAACCAGCAGCUCCCUCUCUGCGCGACCGAAAGAGACGCGUUCGGCGGCUGGACCCCGCCGCCCGGUGGGGCUCGCGCAUGCCGCGACCCCUCGCGUCUGUGCACCGCCGACGAUACAUUUGCCCUCGAUUUUCGCACUGAGCAUAACGAUUUGCUCGCGCGCAUCGAUCUCGAGGCUGUCGUUGGCGAUGCACAGCUGCUUCUACAAGACGAGCUGAGCCCACUGCACACGCCCGUCUCCCUCCGCAUCGGCGACUACAACAAGGACGGCUACCCUGAUAUUCUGCUCCUCACCGUCCCAAAAGGCGCGCCGCAAGGAGCAACGCGCGUCCAUUUGCUCGAGAGCGUCUCGUGCAAGUCUGCAGCGCAUCCCGGAUGCACUGCUAAGGAUGCGCGCGCGCCGGAGCACCGCAGCAUGCGCCGCCUCCCGCACACUGUUUUGGACAACGUCGAGUUUGCGCGCAGUGCCGCAUUCAUCGAUCUCGGCGAGGACGGCGCACUGGACGUGAUGAUCCAGUCCCUCCAAGGAGCACAGAUCCGCGGCUCGCUUUCGCGCGCUGUACAUUUUGUGCGCAACACCUACUACGACGACGCCUUUUUCCUCAAGACGCUCACGCUGAACGGCGCGUGUGCCGGCCGCUGCACGCAGCCCGACGCGCCAUCGUUUGCCGCCUGGGGCUCGGCGCAGUGCGGCGCGUCGUACAAGUUUACCGUUCUCGAUCCCAACGGCGUGCGUCGCGCGCAGCAAGUUGCACAGCAGCCGCAGUCGGCCUACAUGGCGCUCCAGCAGCCCGCCGCGCUAUUUGGUCUUGGGCGCACGAACAACUACGUUGAGCUCUUGUUUGUCGGCAGCACGCGCCGCCAGCCCUUUCCCUACGUCGCGAUGGAAGGCGUAAUUCCUAAUUCCGAGCUGGUCGUCGCGCCUGCGCAGCAAGGCCCCGUCGCUUUUCCCCCCGAGUCGUGGCACCGCGAGCUCUUUUUGCACCCCGGCGACUGGGUACCCUCGGUCACAGCCGUGCUUGCGGGCGUGAUUGCGCUCCUGGGCGCCAUCGUCUUUGCCCUCGACCUCCACGAGCAGCGCGAAGACCAGCAGGAACGCAAGCGCGCCGUGCACGCAAUUAAUUUCGACGCCUUGUAG